CUGGGGUUUGUUCAUUAUCGUGCCGUUUAUUACCGUAAAGCCUUUAGGCAAAAGAAGACAACAAAAUAUUCACUUACCCACAACAACAAGGUCAUGGAGAUUCAUCAGUCUGCUGUGAUUCUGCUGCUGCUCUUGUGUGUGUCGUUCUCCACUCAUGCUCAACCAGACAACAUAAAGCCCCGCUAUCAAAAAUUCCUCGAUCAGCAUUUCGGUCCUGAUAUGACUGAGCAGAGGUGUAACAGUGAAAUGAAUAGCAGAAAUAGAGACAUCACUGGAACUGAUGGUGGCUGCAAAGAUGUCAACACCUUCAUCCAAGCAAAUUCAAAAGAUAUUAGAAAAGUUUGCGGGGCAGGAGGAACUCCACAGGGCGGUAACCUGUUCAAGAGCAACCAGCCUUUUCCUGUGAUCACAUGCAAAUUACCAAAUGGGAGACCCCCAAGAUGUGACUAUGGUAAAGGGAAGAAGUCCACUCGUUACAUUGUGUUGGGGUGUGCAGAAGGCUGGCCUGUACAUUAUGAUGAAGGCAAACUUAAUUUAUAGAUGACUGGCUGAAUAGAG